AUGUCUGGCUUUAUCGAAGAUGAGAUUUGGGCACUGCAUGUUGCUCCGCACAAAACUUACACUCAGAAUGUACAGAUGCCGUUUCGCAUAACGAUGGCUGCACUUGGACAAACUAUCACCAGUCAAGCAAGGAGUUCUGUCAUCCUCAGAUUGGAUGAGACAGAGUAUGUUCUCUGUUCCCUGACUGCUGGAAAGAUCGAGCAGCAGCAGCUGUCGCAAACCAUUGUUGCUGGAGAGAAUAUCACUCUGUUUACAGAUGGCGAGAAUACAAUCCAUCUAACGGGAAAUUUUCUCUCCAUGGAAGAGGGGCCCUCUUAUGACGUUAAUGAAAACUAUUCUGAUGACGAUGAAUCGGAAGAUGAUGAUGAUUAUGAUGAGGACGAUUCAUUCAUUGACGAUGAUUCUGAAGAGGAGGAAGAGCAGGGUAAAAGUCCAAAGAUUGAGGAAAUCGAUAGCGAACCAAAAGGGUCCAAAAACAAUGUUAAAGGCAUUUCUUCCGACGAAGAAGAGCCUGAAACUCCAAAUAACAAGCAAACCCCAGUAGCAAAGCAGGAUACUCCAAAUAACAAACAAAGCCCGGUAGCAAAGCAGGAGACUCCAAAACAGCAACAAAAUGCCCCCAAAAAGCAAGAUAUCCCACAGAAACAAGAGACCCCAAAAAAGCACGAUUCUUCUCCUCAGCAGCAAGGUACAUCCCAGAAGCAAGAUACGCCAAAAUCAUCCGGCGAAUUCAAGAAAAUUACGGGUGGCGUUGAGAUUAAAGACACGGUUCUUUCAAACUCAGAUAAAAAGGUCAAGAAGGGCUCAAAAGUCCAUGUUGUAUACAAGGGCACAUUGUCCAAUGGCAACGUCUUUGAUUCCAACAAUGAAAAGAAUCUUUUUCAGUUCCAAGUGGGCAAGGGAAGUGUCAUCAAGGGCCUCGAUAUUGGCGUUGAAGGAAUGACCCUAAAUAGCACCCGAAUUGUUAAGAUUCCAGCAGCCUUGGCAUAUGGAAGCAAGAAGCUUCCUGGAAUCCCUGCCAAUUCAGAUCUCACCUUCCAGGUCCAGCUCAAGCGCAUUGAUUGA